AUGUCUGAAGACUCAGAUUCCGAUAACGAUUCAAACCCGGUUGAGGUUGAAAUUAAGGCACCUUUUCCAAUGGAUCUCGAUGCAUGGAAGCAGUACAUGUCGCAGCAGGACCACAAGAACUAUUCCCUUACAAAUAUUAAUCCAAAGUCCGCCUCGGAAUCCACAGUUGAGCAGUUCUAUACACUCAAGGUCCUUUGGAUGCGGCUUUAUAGCCGCAACCGACUGAGACGAGACCUGCGCAUUGAUGAAGAUUCCCUGAGUAAGGCUGAAGCUUUCCUGGAAGAUUCUUCCAGUUGGGGGGGCUAUAAGGCGGCAUGCGGCAACGAAACAUUGAUGUCCGACGGUUUAUUUGGUUUAGUGCAGCUGUAUCAUCGACGGUGUGCGGAUGGGCAGGCCGACAUUCCAUACCGUCAGCAUCUAAAGUUUCCAUGGGAGAGACGUCCUGCCGGUGGCGAGGAAGGCGCCGGCGGACCUCCCAGUCUGCCGACAGAAUCAUCCUCCAUAUCCACACUUUCAGAAGUCACGGUUGAUGCGACUGCAGCGAGGUGGCAAGUUGAGGAUGAGGAGAUUGUCAACGUCGCCUUCGUUCUCUUCCUGAACGCCUUGGUGCGAGCGACUCCGGAGGAGGACGUCACGGGCGACUGGUGGCCGUGUCGCUCUAGCUUUUGCAUCCCGAACAGCGCAAGCAAGGCGCACAAGGCGUACAAGGCUUUGGUUGACGGCAUGUUCCGGGUCGAUGGGGCCUCUCCGGAGCAGAUCAUGGAACAGGCGAGGUUCAGGGAGGAAUUUCAGAGACUUCGUGCGAGGGCCGGGCUGCCUGCAGAGGCCACUGCUAAGGAGAGGGCUGCUGGCAGCGCGAAGUCGCAACGAAAUGCCGCACCACGGGGGGGCUACAAGCACAAAGCGGCUAUUCCCAACACCAAAACCAUCACCGCAAUCAUAGAGGUGAAGCCUAUGGCCCGCGCUCAUUACCAUCACAGUUGGCGUGAGCAGAUUCUCGUGCAGGAAGCGGCGCAGAUGGCGGCGUGGAUUGGCGUCAUCCCGGCGCUCCUCGGCCAAAAGCCCGACAAAAACGGAAAGUUUCGUCGUCUUCUGUUCUCGCAGGAUCAGCGCGAGGUCUUCGUCACGAUUGCAACGUACACGAAGGAGUACAUUCACUACAUCAUGAACUCGAUCGACAAGCCAGCAUAUCAAGAGGCACUUCUUGGGCCGGAAUGCUUUCUUCACAUGCAGCCGUACGGUCCAUUCCGCGUUGACAAUGUCGAACACAUGGCAAUGCUGGCGCCGCUCCUGGUAGCGCUUUCGUAUCAGAACUUUGUUAUCUAG